GAAGGCACAUAUAAGACCUAAGGUAUACAUUUACUUUUCUUUUGUUUUCUAUUUUUAAGGACGAGAAAGAACAAAAUGGAAAACAUGCUACUCUGGCUGAUAUUUUUCACUUUGGGGUGGGUCCUUAAUGAUGGAUCUGAAAUGGAACCGGAUUUCACGUGGCACUUGCGAAAACUCCCUCGGAUUGUCAGUGAAAGGACUUUCCAUCUCGCCAGCCCCACGUUCGAGGCCAGUGCCAAAAUGCUGUUAAAUAAAGUGUGUGGCAUCGAAUGUCACGAAAACCUCCCAGCUCCCAGCCUGUCCGAAUUAGAAGAUUCUCUUUCCUACGAGACAGUCUUUGAGAAUGGGACCCGGACCUUGACCAGGGUCAAAGUGAAAGACCUGGUCCCUGAGACUACUCAAAACUUCACCUCUAAAGGAGCGUCCGUUCGGAGAAAGAGGCAGGUGUUUGGCACUGAUAGCAGGUUCAGCAUCUCGGACAAAAGGUUCCUAAGCAAUUUCCCAUUCAACACUGCUGUGAAGAUCUCCACGGGCUGCAGUGGUGUUCUCGUCUCCCCCAGUCAUGUUCUAACAGCUGCCCAUUGCAUUCAUGACGGAAAGGAUUAUAUAAAAGGGAGUAAGAAGCUAAGGGUAGGGUUGUUGAGGAUGAGAAGGGCGGGCAGUGGCAAGAGACGGAGUGUUUCGAAGAGGGACAGGAGAGACGUUGAUGGUGGUAGACAAAGGAAGGGUAACCGGAGGAAUCUGAGAGAAGGAGUCAAGGUGGGAAGGAGACGGAAGGAAACUGGUCGGGGUCAGAAAGUUGCUGACAGGAGGCCCUCCUUCCAGUGGACCCGAGUAAAGAACACGCACAUCCCCAAAGGCUGGGCUGGAGGAAGAAGGGGCAACGCUGCCUUGGACUAUGACUAUGCUCUGUUGGAACUGAAACGUGCUCACAAGAAGAAAUACAUGGAGCUAGGCAUCAGCCCAACCAUCAAGAAGCUGCCAGGUGGAAUGAUCCACUUCUCAGGAUUUGAUCGCGAUAGGGCGGACCAGUUAGUAUACAGGUUCUGCAGCGUGUCCGAUGAGUCCAAUGACCUCCUCUACCAGUACUGUGAUGCCGAAUCCGGCUCCACUGGCUCUGGGGUCUAUCUCCGUCUGAAAGAGUCAGACACGAAGAACUGGAAGCGCAAGAUUAUCGCUGUUUAUUCGGGGCACCAGUGGAUCGAUGUCCAUGGGGUUCAGAAGGACUACAACAUUGCAGUACGUAUAACCCCCCUCAAAUAUGCUCAGAUCUGCCUCUGGAUUCAUGGAGAUGAAGCCGAUUGUACUUACGGCUAACAGG